AGACAGGCCUCCAGGGCCUUCAGCCUCUACGCCAACAUCGACAUCCUCCGGCCCUACUUCGAUGUGGAGCCUGUCCAAGUGCGUGCCAGACUGCUGGAGUCCAUGAUUCCUGUGAAGAUGAUUAAUUUCCCACAGAAGAUUGCAGGCGAGCUGUAUGGACCCCUCAUGCUGGUUUUCACGCUUGUGGCCAUCCUUUUGCAUGGGAUGAAGACUUCGGACACCAUCAUUAGGGAAGGCACACUGAUGGGCACAGCCAUUGGCACCUGCUUCGGUUACUGGUUGGGUGUCUCCUCUUUCAUUUAUUUCCUGGCAUAUCUGUGCAACGCCCAAAUCACGAUGGUGCAGAUGCUGUCACUGUUGGGCUAUGGUCUUUUUGGACACUGCAUCACUCUCUUUGUCACCUACAAUAUCCACUUCCACUCGCUCUUCUAUAUCUUCUGGUUGGUCAUUGGUGGACUCUCUACACUACGAAUGGUUGCGGUGUUGGUGUCGCGCACUGUGGGCCAUACCCAACGGCUCAUCCUCUGUGGGACCCUUGCUGCUCUGCAUAUGCUUUUCCUCCUCUAUCUGCACUUUGCUUAUCACAAGGUCGUAGAAG